AUGGACUUCGCCGCGAGGACGAUGGGUACCCUUCUCCCCAAGCUGGUUCUGCUCCUGAAAGAAGAGUACCAUCUGCAGAAGAGCGUGAAGGAAGGGAUCAAGUUCCUCAUAGCCGAGCUCGAGAGUAUGCAAGCCGCCCUUGAGAAGGUGUCCGACGUACCGGCAGACCAGCUCGACAAGCAAGUGAAACUUUGGGCUAGAGAUGUCCGCGAGAUGUCCUAG